UAUCGCUAGGUGUCAAGCAAAGUGAAAAUGGCUGACCAAGAGAAGUUAGAUUUCCCAACAGAAGAUGGACCAUCUUUAGGCACGGUGAUCAGCGAAAAGCUGACCGAAUCUAUAGCAAAUAUGGAUCUAUUGAAUACCCUACAAAAAAUGGUAGCCGUAGAACCGGGUGAUGAAGAGUCGGAGGUAAUAAGGGAUAAACUAAGAGGAGUUUUGGCUCAGUUCAAGGAUAUGACUGAUGAAGAUAAGGCAGAGUUUGCUAAGAAGAUAAAAGAGGGUCUUGCUAGUAAAUUGAGUAUGAGGUUGAAGAAUAAUGAGAUGUUGGCUGGAGUUGAGGAUGCGAUCAAAGAAGCUGUGAUGACUAAGCUUUAUAUGGUCGCUGCGGCUGCGUUCGUCAUUUUAGUUUUAAUUGUAUUCUUCGGCUACAAACUUUACAAAUCGAUAAAGGAAAAGGAAAAGAAACGCGAAGAAAAGAAAAAAGCUAAGCAGAUGAAGAAAAAGAAAUGAUUUGACCCUAAGGAAAACUGGAGCGAGGCAACACUGGAGUUGUGUAUGGGGAAUUAUGUAAAUAUUUUCAAAAUUAUUUUUUUUGUAACAUUUUUUUGGAAAUUCUUGUCAAAAUCGGUCUAAUAAUUAAGGAAAUUUUAUUUAUUUUGUGUAAGUACGGUAAAAAUUUACUCUUAGCUGUGCGUAGUACAUUUUUGAAUAGAAAAAUCUAUUAUUACCUAAUUUAUUAAUAUACAUCAAAACCAAUGGUGUAAAUUACAGUUUUUAUCAUUAGUAUUUAAUGAUAUAUACUCUAAAAUAAAAAAUGUGUUUAGUGAAAUAUUCAAAAUUAAAUUUUGUUUAGGUUCUAGAAUAAACUUUAUUAACAAAUUAGCCAAAAAUACGUAAUUUUCCAAACACAACUCUAAAUCGACUGAUUAAAAACUAUUUAAGAUUAAACUUUUUUUUAUUUAUUCCUGUUGUAUUAGUGUUGAAAUAGAUUUUUUUGACUUUUUAAUAUUGUUUGCUGGCAACCCGUAGAAAGCACAACAAAUGAAAAUGUAAUUUUACAAAAGUUGCUCAAAAAUUGCACAAUGUCUGAAAACUACGGGUUUUAAGCAAAAUACAUUUUAAAUCGCAUUUUCAAUUUAUAAACGACAACUUAGUUAAUAAAAUAACUGGAUAAAUUACAAUGUUACUAUCAACUUUAGCGAUAUUGAAAAAUUAUGUAACAGUGAAAUUAAAUUAUGUAAUUUUUAUUAAAAAUGCAUUUAAAUAUUGUUAACUUUAAUAAAUAUAACUUUUACAUUCCUAAACUUUGAAAUUCCUGUAGAAGUCGUUGUAUUAAGUUUUACAACUUUGUUAUAUGAAUGAUUUGAUUUUUUUAUAAUUUUAUGUGUGCCGAUUUUCUGUUGACAAUACAGUUUAUUUUUACAUGA